UAGGAAUUUGCAGUCUCCAUUGACUAUCUUCUCGUCCCUUCUUUCUCCAAACACCAAAACCAUAUCUCAUAUUUUCCGCCGGAUUUGACAGACGGUUAGCCUUAUUCCGAUGGAUUCGGAACAGUACCUGCAUCUGUUCUUGGAGGAGAGCAACUUGUACAACCACAUUGUGCUUGGAACCUUACUCCCUGCAAGAGUUUGGGAGCCUCUUCCCCACUUCUUCCAGUCUUGGCUUCGCAACUAUAUAGGUGGCGUUCUUCUCUACCUCCUUUCCGGCUUCCUCUGGUGCUUCUACAUUUACUACUUGAAGCGCAAUGUUUACCUUCCCAAAGAUGCCAUUCCUUCAAACAAGGCCAUGCUCUUGCAAAUAUAUGUGGCCAUGAAGGCCCUGCCAUGGUAUUGUGCUCUUCCAUCCAUUUCAGAGUACAUGAUUGAAAAUGGCUGGACUAGGUGUUUCUCGAGAAUAAGUGAUGUCGGUUGGCUUGGAUACUUCAUUUAUUUAGCAGCUUAUCUUGUAAUUGUGGAGUUCGGAAUUUAUUGGAUGCAUAGAGAAUUGCACGACAUAAAACCCCUCUACAAAUAUCUUCAUGCUACGCAUCACAUAUACAACAAGCAGAAUACUCUGUCUCCAUUUGCUGGUUUGGCUUUCCACCCACUGGAUGGGAUACUGCAGGCUGUACCACAUGUGAUAGCACUUUUUAUAGUACCAGUACAGUUGACUACGCACUUAGGUCUGUUGUUUAUUGAGGCCAUAUGGACAGCAAACAUUCACGACUGCAUCCAUGGCAACUUGUGGCCUAUAAUGGGUGCUGGUUUCCACACCAUUCACCACACCACGUAUCGACAUAACUACGGCCACUAUACCGUAUGGAUGGAUUGGAUGUUCGGAACACUUCGUGACCCUUUGGAUGAUGGAUCCAAGAAGGAAAUCUAAUUCACUUGUCUUCCCCGUCCUUCCCAUUUCAAAAUUCUUGAUUGGACUGUUUUUAAUGCUUGCAGUAUUUUGGUGUAAAUUAUGUUGGUUAGUAGCAAAAAAAAAGGUGAGAAGGGAUUUUUAGGUGGAUCUUUUUCAGUUAAUAUUUGUGCAUUAGUUUGACAAUGAAAUCCCAUCUCCACCCUUUAAAAAUAAUAUUAAUUAGAAUCCAAUUUUUCUUCAA